CUGGCAUCAUCCAUCGUUGCUGACCUCACUUCCGGCAUUCGUCUGCUUCCCUAUCCCACUCUUUUCUAUUUUGGUCCUUUCCUACGAAGUCUACCCUUUUACUGUCCAUCCUUUACAUCGCAAGAUAAUAUACCCGCUGCAGUUUUCGCCAUGGGCCAAGACCCCCGGGUUCUACUUCAGAAAGCCGACAAAGCGUUAAGCGGCGCAUCUAGUGGCUUCAGCUUUUUCGGUGGACGUGCAGAGAAAUAUGAAAAUGCGGCAGAUCUAUAUACACAGGCUGCAAACGCCUUUAGGGUCCAGAAAAUGAACAAGGAAGCCGGGUUAGCAUUUGAAAAGGCUGCUACCAUCCAAAAUCAGAACCUCAACGAACCCGAUGACGCUGCCAACACAUUGAACGAAGCAUUCAAGGUGUACCGCAAAUCCGAUCCCGAGGAUGCCGUCCGGGUGCUCUCCAGUGCAAUCCAACACUACGUAUUGAAGGGAAAUCUUAGACGUGCCGCAACUCAGCAGCAAUAUCUGGCGGAAGUAUAUGAGGUGGAACUAGGUGAUAUGAAGCGGGCUCUCGAUGCGUACGAAAAGGCUGCAGACUGGUUUGAGGGAGAUAAUGCCGAAGCUCUCGCAAACAAGCAUUACCUCAAAGUAGCCGAUUUGGCCGCUCUCGAAGGCGAUUAUUACAAGGCAAUUCAGCACUAUGAGAGAAUAGGACGCUCUUCGAUCAACAAUAAUUUGAUGAAGUGGUCCGUGAAAGAUUAUUUCUUGAAAGCCGGCAUCUGUCAUCUAGCCACGAAAGAUCUCGUCGCUACAAACCGCGCACUCGAAAGUUAUCGGGACAUCGACCCGACCUUUGCCUCUACCAGGGAACACCAGCUCCUGAUCGACCUGGUCCAGACCGUUGAGCAGGGUGACCAGGAGGCCUUCGCCGAUAGACUCUUCCAGUAUGACCAACUCAGCAAGCUGGAUAAGUGGAAGACCACUGUACUAUUGCGCAUCAAAAACAAUAUUGAAGAGGCAGUGGAGGAUUUCUCAUAAGGCCUACCUCAAUUGCGAUUUGGAAAUUCUUUCUCGUCUUGGAUCCUCAGUUCUUUUUCUGAUUCACUAUGGUAUCGUGAGGGAUUAGAGAUCUCCCGCUGUCGCUCGGUAUUUCCAUGGAUGGUAGUUAUCGUGCUAAAUUCCCCCCACUAUGCUCUCUUCUUAGAUAUUAUGCACCUGUUCAUAUCGGUGUCUCGUCUCUUACACAUUAACGAAGACACGAAAAUGAUAAUUGAUUACCCAGUGAUUUACUUCACUGUAGCCCUUCGAAUUCGCAAAGAUUACGUAGUCA